CUCCAAGACUGCGUGCUUGCCCUGCUGGACCCUGGAUCUACAGGAGUCUUGACGUCCCGUGAAGUUUAUUUCUACUCUCUUUAGCCGUGUGACGUUUCGGCAAGGCUGAUUGAGCGCCAUCUCCACACUCGUCCACGCUGCCUACAUCUCCAUUGCAUUCGCAUUAACCACCCCAUCGAUUCCCGAACGCACCUUCCUCGGGCACUCACCUCGCUACACGCGCAACCAAACAACCAGCACUCGAUUGGGUCUCUCAACAGACCCCCAGCAACCGCAACCAUGCUCACAAUGUACUCUGGCACCAAGCUUGCAGAGCUGCCGCCUGGAGUUUCUGCAUCGCCGUCUCCACAGCUGCGACAGCGAACCACGUCGACGCAAUCCGUACCCACGACCGAAUCCACACACACAAACGACUACCGCGAAGAGAGGCGGCGCGUGCACCAUGAGGCCGACAUCGUUAUUGUUGGCGCCGGUAUUCUUGGAUGCGCAGCGGCUGUCGCUUUCGGCAACCAGGGCAGGAGCGUCAUAUUGCUCGAGAAGAGCCUAAAGGAGCCUGAUAGGAUUGUAGGCGAGCUGCUGCAACCUGGCGGCGUCAAUGCCUUGGAGAAGUUGGGCAUGAGGGAUUGCCUCGACGACAUUGACGCCAUUCCCUGCUACGGCUACCAGAUCCUCUACGGCAAGGAAGAGGUCCACAUCCCUUACCCGGACAACCUCCUCACAUCUGCGCCCUCGAAAGCACCCGAAGGACGAUCCUUCCACCACGGCCGCUUCAUCUCCAAGCUACGUGCAAAGGCAAAGGCCACGCCCAACGUCACUGUUGUUGAAACAACCGUCGAAUCCAUGGUCAAGAGUGACUACACAAACCAGGUCGUGGGCGUAUCAUCCAAGACCGCCGGAGAGCAAGACUACUACUUUGGUGCCGUCACCCUCGUGGCAGAUGGUUACGCCUCCAAGUUCCGCAAAGAAUUCAUCCCUCACCAGCCCCAAGUACGCAGCAAGUUCUGGGGCCUCGAGAUGAUCGACGCCCAACUCCCCAUGCCAAACCAUGGUCACGUCAUCCUCGCCGACGCACCUCCAAUCCUCAUCUACCAAAUCGGCACCCACGAAACCCGCAUCCUCGUCGACAUACCCGAGAAUCUGCCCUCAGCCAGCCCCAAGAACGGAGGUGUCAAGAACCACAUGCUCAAUGUUGCGCUGCCCCAACUCCCAGAAUGCGUCCAACCCGCCUUCCGCAAAGCAAUCGAAGCCGGUAAACUGCGCUCAAUGCCAAACAGUUUCCUACCUCCUUCGACGCAGAGGCAGGCCGGACUCAUCAUCCUGGGUGAUGCCAUGAACAUGCGACAUCCCCUCACUGGUGGCGGCAUGACUGUUGCGUUCAAUGACGUAGUCCUCCUCUCCAACCUCCUCUCGCCCGCCAACGUACCCACAUUAGAGGAUACAUCUGCCGUCUUGUCCGCCAUGUCCACCUUCCACUGGCAGCGCAAGAACGGAUCUUCCGUCAUCAACAUUCUGGCCAUGGCUCUCUACAGCCUCUUCGCCGCCAACAACCAAUACCUAGAGCUGAUCAAGAAGGGUUGCUUCAAGUACUUCCUCCGCGGCGGCAAGAGUGUCAGUGAGCCUUGUGGUAUGCUCGCUGGUCUCAUCACCCAUCCCUGGAUGUUGGUGUGGCACUUCUUUUACGUCGCCUUCUAUGCCAUCUGGGUUCGGUUGCAGGAGGUGCCAAUCUACAAAGCACCAUACACGCUGUGCGUUGAGAGUGCUAUGGUUGUUUGGACAGCCAUCUGUGUCAUUGGUCCGUAUCUUGUUGCUGAGGUCAAGAUAUAGGUAUACGAUAAAAGAAGACUGAUACGGGUAAUGUAUAUACGUUUCAUCAGCCCCUGUUCAUGGGGCUUGUACAUAGGGCAUUGGGUUGGCGUUUCUCGGAUAAACCGUGUCGACA